UUAAUCCUAAAAUAUGAAUUUAAUAUUUUUGAUAACAAUAAUUAUUUUAAAUGUAAUUCUGAUCAAUACACAAACGACUCAAGCUGUUAAUAAAUUUUUCUAUAAUAUUCAAACGACAACCGAUCGAAUAAUUCAAGCUACACAACCGGAAAAUGUUAAACAGCCGAGAAAAAAUCUUAAUUCUGGAUUAUAUGUGCCAGAUAAAAGUGGAAAAUAUAAACCAGAUCCUAGUGGAUAUUACGAUCCAAAUGAUCGUUUAGUUGGUUAUUAUGAUCGAAAAGAUCGGCUAAGCGGAUAUUAUAACCAGACAGAUCGAUUAAAAGGUUAUUAUGACGAAAAAAAUCAUUUUAUUCCUUAUGCUUCAUUAUCCAAAGGAUUUGAUAGAAAUGGAAAAUCAAUUGGAGGAUCACAAGGUGGUAUUGAGACUAAUUUUGAUAAAAUUGUUGAAACUGCGCUCAAUAUCAAUAACCUUAUUAACGAGGAAUUUAAAUAUUAUAUAGAGUCCAAACGCUCUUUUUCGUCAGAAAAUCAAAAAUCAAGUAAACCCAUUGAUUUAAGCAAAACCGAUUCGAAAAAUGGAAAAAAUGUAGGGUCAAAUGAAGGCACUAUUGACAGUUCUAACCAACCUAAAACAGGAGGUAGUCAUUCUAAUCCAGGUAACUUAAAUAACCAAGAUAACCAAGAUUCAAGUACAAAAGGUAUAACUAAUCUAAAAGAGAGGAUUAACCAAAAUUCAAGUAAAAAUGAUGAAACUAAUCAAAGAACCUUAACUAACCAAGAAUCAAGUGACAGUGGUACUAAUGGUUCAAAACAAAGCAGUUUAAGCUCAAGUGUAAAUGGUGACAAUAAUCAAAAUGGGCUGAUUAACCAAGAACCAAGUGUCCAUGAUAAAACUAACGGAUUCAGUCAAAGUAGUUUAAACCAGCAGGGUUCAAGCGUAAAUGAUGGCACUAGCCAAAGUGGGUCGAUUGACCAAGAAUCAGGUAUCAAUGAACAAACUAAUGAAUCAGGUCAAAGUAGUUUAAAUAAACAAAGUUCAGGCGUAAAUGGUGGCACUAACCAAAGUGGGUCGAUCAGCCAAGAAUCAAGUGUCUAUAAAGAAACUAAUGCGUUCAGUCGAAGUAAUUUAAAUAACCAAGGCUUAAACGUAAAUGGUAAUACUAACCAAAGUGGGUCGAUUAACCAAGAAUCAAGUAUCAAUAAUGAAAUUAAUAGCUUCAUUCAACGUAGUUUAAACAACCAGGGUUCUAGCGAAAAUGGUGGGUCGAUCAAUCAAGAAUCCAGUGUCUAUGAUGAAACUAAUGGGUUCAACCAAAGUAAUUUAAAUAACCAAGGCUCAAACCUAAAUGGUGAUACUAACCAAAGUGGGCCGAUAAACCAAGAAUCAAGUAACAAUGAUGCCAAUAACAGGUCCAUUCUAAGUAGUUUAAAUAACCAGGGUUCAAGAGUAAAUGGUGACACUUAUCAAAGUGAGUCGAUUAACCAAGAAUCAAGUGUCAAUGAUGAAACUAUUGGAUCCAAUCAAAGUAGUUCAAAUAACCAGGGUUCAAGCGAAUAUGGUGAAAUUAAUCAAAUUGCGUUGACUAACCAAGAAUCAGGUAUUACUGAUGAAACUAAAAAUCAAAAUGAUUUAAAUAAUCAAGGUUCAAGCGAAAAUGGUGAAACUAAUCAAAGUAGUUUGAUUAACCAAAGUUCAGAUUUAAGUGCUAUAAUUGAAGGGGAAAAUCAAAGUGGUUUAAAUAACCAGGUUUCAAAUAUAAAUGGUGGGACUAAUGAAGUUGAUUCUAUUUAUCAAGGUUUGAGUGGAAGUACAGACAGAAAUGGAUCAAAUCAAGGUGGUAUUAAUAAGCAAGAUUCAAGUGUAAAUGCCCAGUCUUCUGGUUCAAAACAAAGUGGUUCGGUUAACCAGUAUUCAAAUACUAAUGGCAAAAUUAGUCAAAGAAAUCAAAGUGGUUCGGUUAACCAGUAUUCAAAUUCUAAAGGCAAAAUUAGUCAAAGAAAUCAAAGUGAUUUUAUUAAUAAAGAUACAAGUGCAACAAGAAGCCGAACUAAUCAAAAUGGAAACCAAGAUGACCAAAAAACUAACAACGAAGCUAACUUAUCUUAUAAUGGCUAUUAUAAGGCAAAUUCAUUCGGUUCCAAUAAUCAAGUGGAAGGAAAUGCAAAUUUGGGCGGAGAUAGUAAUAGUAAAACACGUGGACAAGGUUAUUACGUCUCAAAAUAUGGAUACUUAACUGCUGCGUCAGAUACCGAUCCAGUUCGAGUUGGUGGCGUGUAUAAUGAUAAAAAUUUACGAAAUUUAUUUUCAAGCAAUGAAUGGGGAAUUUUACAAUACGUUUUUAGGAUUUAUGAAGGUGGCUAUCAUUAUUUAUACUCAACGGCAAAUGGUAUAAAUGCUGAAGAAGAGGGUCAUAUCGAAAAUAGAGGUACAGAUGAAGAAGGAUUGCGUGCUCAAGGUUACUUUUCAUACAUUGGACCAGAUAGUGUUACAUAUUCAGUACGUUAUGUAGCUGAUAAAAAUGGUUUUCAACCAGAAGGUGAUCAUAUACCAAAAAUUCCAGAGUUAAUUCAACGUUCCCUUGAUUACAAACGAUCACUUGGAAUAAUUUGAAUGAUUUUAAUAAAAUAAGAGACUAUUUAAAAAAUGUGAAUAUCCUAC